CACAAAAUGCCAACAAUUAUAGCGUUGGAUGCUUCGCUGUCCAUGAUUCGUCCCAUUCCCGGACGAAAUGAGCACACAUAUCAAUCCUUGGCUGUCAAGGGCAUACAGAACCUUUUGGAUAAUUUGACUGCAGCUGGCAAACUGGAGCAUGUGGCUCUUGUUUCAUUCUCAACUGUUACCGAACUCAAAGUGGAUUUCACCCGGGACUAUGAGCAAAUCCGGCAAGCAGUGAAAAAGAUUGAGCCAUUGGACAAGGCAUGCUUUAUAACCAUGCUACAGACGGUGGUUCAACUAAUGGCCAGUUGGGGUAGCCAGAAUAUAUUGCAAUUAGUUGUUUUCACCGACUGUGGUCUUGGCUUUGGGAGUACAUCGCUCAGUGGGUUCAUAGAGGCCUACACUGGCAAAGAGUCGGAGGCGGAGUAUGGCUGGCUUAAAACGCUGGCGGCGUACAAUAUUAACAUUGUGUGUCUGGGACUCCAUGCGGAUCACUAUUUUACGCGUGGUCUAACUGUGUACCAGCAACUGCUUGACGUUGCCCAUUUGAAGGGUCAGCUCUUUACGACGAAGCCGGUCAAACAACUAGUCGAUGGGGCUAGUAAUGGAGGCGAAGCUCCGAGUACUGGGAGUCAUAAAAGUGAAUUGGGGCGCACUACUGUUUUUGAGCUAGUGGAGCGGCUAUGCGAAAGUAGCUACAAGUCCACAGAGGUUACCCUAAAAUGUGGCAGCUAUUUUCGAAUGGAAACUCCUGUACUUCUCUGGCCACCGACGUCACAUGAGCCCAAGUUGUGUCACAUUGAACCAAUCAUCGAAGUCCGCGGAUUUCUAGCCCUUUCGGACAUUGGUUCGCCGGCAAUACUAAGUCGCCACUGGGUUCUGCCCAAAUUUGAACGCGAAAAGCCAACUAGUCGUCGAUCGGGUAGCAUGGCUGCUGUGGCCAAGCCCCCGAAAUUGGAUAUUAAUAAUCCGAAUUAUGAGAUGGAGAAACUGGAACAGGACAUUCGCGAUUUCUACGCGAAAGAUUCAAAAGAGGCGGAUGCAGGAGAAAGCGGUGACGACGCUGAUGUUACCAUUGUGCUUAAGCACAGCUCUGGACCCCUACAGAUGGAACAGCAGAAAGAAUCAUUCUGUGUUUUACUGCAUGGUGCCCUUAAAAUGGAGAACAUGGCCGCCUUGGUGCAGUUGGCUGAUAAAUGGUAUGGCUUCAUUUAUGCAUUUAAUGAUGCAAAGAAGAAAUCAAAUUUGAUGCUAAACAUUCUUCCUCCGGGCACCAAUGUUAUACCAUGGUUGGGUGAUCUGGAACUUCUUGGAUUUACCGAAGAUCUAGCUCCGGGCGAAACUGCCAGUUUUCCGGUACGCGCUGAGCGACGUUCCUAUUCCCAGAGUAGUGUUGUGUGGAUACGACAGGCAAGUCUGCAAUCGGAUGUGCAAAAAGUUUUGCGGCAUGCCAAGAAAAUGCCCGAUAAAACUCAGCAUUUCUAUAAAGAACUGAAUCGCAUAAGGCGUGCUGCUUUGGCUUUGGGUUUCGUUGAAUUGCUCGAAGCUCUGGCAAUGCUAUUAGAAAAGGAAUUCGCCCAUCUUAGCCUCAACGGGGCCAGCAGUGAGUGCACUAUGCAACUGCAGCAUGCUGCCACCGAAUUAAGAAAGACUUCGAAUCGUGAUAUCAAAUCCACUAUAGCGCCGCUUCAAAAAGUGGGAACCGGUGACAGUAGUAGUGGAACAAGUGCGUCCACAUCUACGCCUGGUUAUUUGUAUUAAGUGAAAUAAAUGUCUUAAAUAAAA